GGUCCCAAACAACUCAUUUGCCUCCUGAGUUGCGCAUCAUUCCUCAUUUCAGACUUGGUUUUAUCUUACCCGCGUUUAUCAACAUCUGCAAACUCUGGCCCAUAAACUACACUCCCCGUCACUCUACAACUUCCAAAACCUCCAUUUUUUCCCAGCUUGUUCCCUUCUCCCUGUUGCAGUAGCUCCUGUCUUCUUCCUUACAAUCCACAUGAAUUAUUCAACUCUUUAAAAUUGUUGCAGGAAGACGAUGAUGGCGGUUCGUGCUGUCAAUGGCUGCAGCAUUAUUCGUCCAUCCACAUGUUCUUCCCCUUCUCUCUCCUCUUUGUUGUGUUGUUUCCAUCAAUUUCGACCUCUUUAUUCAACAACUCGCUCUAAAUCGGGGUGCCUUACCUCAAAUUGCCGAUUCCAGCUUCAUUUCAAUGGUUAUAGCGGAAAAUUCGGAGUUUUUGCGUUUCACAGUUUAGUCGACAGCGUCUUGGAGGAGCUUCAGGAGAGGCGUAGGACAAGGCGAGUUUGCGCUUCCAACAGGUUGGUAUUAACAAGCAGUGGAGAGCUUCUUAAAGACAAACUUGAAAAGCAAGGACUUCGAGUCGGCUUGCUGUUGGAGUUUAAAAAGGACUCCGAAAGGGUUUUGCUAGCAGUGUCUCAGAAACGUGAUGGGAAGAAGAACUGGAUGGUUUCUGAUCAGAACGGUACAACAUGCUCGAUAAAACCACAGCAGAUAACUUAUGUUGUUCCUGGUGUUGAGGAUUUCAAUCAUACCCAAAUUCCAGAGUUUUUGCAGAAAGCUCAGGAAAACUUGGAUUCAUCUCUGCUUGAGCUUGCCUGGGCCGAGCUGCUUGAGAAGAAUAAAUCAGUGACUCCAGACGAGUUGGCAGAGAUGAUAUAUGGUAUUGCUGAACCUCUUGAGAGCUAUUGUGCACAUCACUUGCUGUCAAGGGAUGAAAUCUACUUCUCUGUGCUGGAGAGUAAAGGUUAUUGUUCUGUUUACACUCCUCGAUCUACUGAUCAGGUUGAGGAACUUCUAGGGAGGAAACUUGCCAAGGAGACUGCUGAAAAGGAACUUCAGGAGUUCAUACAGUUAUUAUAUUCUGCUAAGGCAAGACCUUUGGAUGCAAAGCUUCCUAGAUCCUCAUGGAUUUCGGAGGACCGGAUUCGUGAUCGUAUUGAUGCCCUGGCUGCUUAUGCGGUUGAUACUUUCUGCAGUGAAAGUCAAAAGAGAACAGCUCAGACGAUUCUUACAGCUGCGGGGAUGGCAAAAACAGCAUCAUCAGCGUUAAAUCUUCUAAUAGAUAUUGGUUAUUUUCCGGUACAUGUUAAUCUUGAUCUGUUGAAGCUGAAUAUUCGUACCGAUCACUCAGAGGAUAUUGUGUUGGCUGCUGAAGAUUUGCUGUCAGAGUCUUAUGAUAUAGAUGAGAUUCGGAGGAAUGACCUUACUCAUUUGAAGGUCUACGCUAUUGAUGUUGAUGAGGCUGAUGAGCUUGAUGACGCACUUAGUGCGGCAAGGUUACAAGAUGGCCGGAUCAAGAUCUGGAUACAUGUGGCAGAUCCAACCUGCUUAGUUCGACCUGGAAGCAAUCUGGACAAAGAGGCCAUGAGCAGAGGAACUACUAUCUUUCUGCCUACAGCUACUUAUCCUAUGUUCCCAGAGAAGCUUGCAAUGGAAGGAAUGAGCUUAAAACAAGGGACAAACUGCAAUGCUGUGACAGUAUCUGUUGUGCUUCAUUUUGAUGGCAGCAUCAGUGAGUAUUCUGUAGAGAAUUCCAUUAUAAGACCAACAUACAUGCUCACCUAUGAAAGUGCAUCAGAGCUCCUUCAUUUGAGUCUUGAAGAGGAAGCGGAGUUAAAGAUUCUGUCUGAGGCUGCAUCUCUACGUUUGCAAUGGCGUAGACAGCAGGGUGCCGUUGACACGUCAAUGAUAGAAACACGUGUCAAAGUGGCAAAUCCUGAUGAACCAGAACCACAUAUCAAUCUAUAUGUAGAGAAUCAAGCUGACCCUGCGAUGCGCCUGGUUUCUGAGAUGAUGAUUCUUUGUGGAGAGGUCGUUGCUACAUUUGGAUCUUUCAACAAAAUUCCUUUACCUUAUAGAGGACAGCCUCAAUCAAAUAUAGAUGUAUCUGCAUUUUCUCAUCUUCCUGAAGGCCCAGUACGGAGUGUUGCUGUAGUUAAAACAAUGCGUGCUGCCGAAUAUGAUUUUAGGAAGCCAAUACGACACGGAGUUCUAGGAGUUCCUGGCUAUGUUCAGUUUACUUCUCCUAUACGUAGAUAUAUGGAUCUUCUUGCCCAUUAUCAGGUAAAAUCUUUUAUUCGGGGUGAUGCCCCUCCAUUUUCAGCAGGUCAGCUAGAAGGCAUAGCAGCGAUAGUUAAUAUGCAGCAUAGAGUUGCAAGAAAGUUGUUCAGUAGUAGUCUUCGGUAUUGGGUAUUGGAGUAUUUAAGAAGGCAGCCAAAGGAAAGAAAAUACCGUGCUCUGAUUCUCAGGUUCAUUAAGGACCGCAUUGCAGCCUUGAUUUUGGUUGAGAUCAAAAGUCAUCACUCCGUACAUUACUUUCCUAAAAAGGAGGUUGGGCUGCAAGCUUCUGCAUGGGUCUUAGUGGGAUCCCAGGUUGGGGAUGAAAUUGAAGUUCAGGUAGAAGAAGCUCAACCAAGAGAUGAUAUUUUGUCCCUCAAGCAGGUUGCUGAAUAGUAUGAUGUCUUAGAAAGGUGAUAAUUAUUAACAUCCAUAAAUCCAUACAUAAGCAUGUGAAAGAGAAGACACACCGACUUGUCAAAUUGUGAUGAGGUUACUCGAGUUGAUCGUCAUGAAACCUAGCUACACCAGGAGUCUCUGCUAGCUGAUGAUGGUAUGUGGUUCAGUGCUCAAAAUGACUCAGCUACAUCAUUGCCAAAGUAAAAUUGACUCUCUGUAUUAACCAAUUUUGUUACCAAAAGGUGAGCACUGGUAAAGGAAUUGGGUGAUUAACUACACAGCCACAGUUCCAAAUAAUAUCUCAUGAUAUCUGAGUUCUAGCAGCUGGAAUUGAUUAUUUAGUCAUUUUUCUGCUCUCUG